AUGACACUCAACCACCACCACCAUACCCUCCAGCAUGGUUACCAGACAGCGUGGCAUGGCAACAACAAUGCAAAAGACUCGGAUAUGUCGGUCAGUAGUAGUGACACACAGACCACAGCAACCACAACAACGAUGAGUCAAACACGAUGGAAUAUGGGGGGGAUAGACACAAACAGAGGGCGGGCUUACAAGCACCACGACAACGGCACCUGCCAAUGGACCCCACCUCACAGAUCAACGCCAACACAGUCACAUGCAGUUGCUCACCACCACACAACACAAUGCUGUCAAAACACUGGCACAUGCCCUGUGCCCCAGUUACCAUUUCCUGACUUUCCAAUCCUCGCAGGGUUGCAUGGCAGUAUUGAUUGA